AUGCCCAAAGCUGUGGCUCCGCCUCAUCGUGCUCGAUUUGCCCCAUUUCACCGCUCAUCAGCCAACAAUGCCAACAAUGCCAACAAUGCAAAUAUAUCCUUAUCAUCAGAUGAUGCUCCUAUUGAAAUUUACGAGGAAAUCGAUCAAUUAUCCAGGCUGGAUGAGGACUCGAAUAUUGCCAGCAGCCCAGCAGUGAUACACCUCUUCAUCAAUAAUAAAAACAUUAUAUCCACAUCCAGAUACUGGACUGACGUUCUCAAUCCCGCUACACAAGAAGCCCUUUCCAAGGUGCCUUCGUGCACUCACCAAGAGGUCCAAACUGCAGUCCAGUCAGCUUCUGCUGCCCAGGAUGAAUGGGAGCGACUGGGAUUUCAAUCUCGACGGGAGUAUCUUCUCAAAUUCAUAGACCGUGUUCAUAUUUCAAUUCUCCGCCGUGAAUUAGGCAAGACUACCGGAGAGGCAGAAUCAGAAGUAUUCCGGGGUCUGGAUUGCAUUCAUGCUGCGUGUUCCAUUGGCCCUGAAAUGGCCGGGAUGUAUCUUGGAUCUGAUCCUACUCUUCUGCAGACAUUCUACGAGCCAGUGGGUGUCUGUGUCUCAAUCACCCCUUUCAGUUUCCCAUUCAUGACUCCUUUAUGGUCUAUUCCAUAUGCACUCACCACCGGAAAUACUGUUGUAUUGAAGCCAUCCGAAAAAGCGCCUUCAGUCUCACAUUUCCUGGCUGAGGCUGCCCUCGAGGCAGGCUUCCCCGCGGGCGUCUUCAACAUUGUCCAUGGGGGCCACACUGUUUCCCAAAUGCUUAUCCUGCAACCAGACGUGCAGGCUGUUAGUUUUGUUGGGUCUGAGUCGGCAGCAAAACAGGUCCAUGAUAUCUCCAGAAAAGCUAGAAAGCGCAUUCAAGCCGAAUGCGGAGGCAAGAACCACGGGGUUGUUUUGGAGGAUGCGAGUAUGAUGCCAACACUGUUUGCCAUCGCUGGUAGUGCUUUUGGUGCUGCUGGGCAGCGAUGCAUGUCUCUGAGUGUCGCUGUGUUUGUUGGGAGCACCAGAGAGUGGAUACCACAGUUGGUCGAUAUCGCAACCUCGAUGGUCGUGGGCGAUACUGGCGAUACGAACACCCAGAUUGGUCCGUUGAUUGACCGAGCAUCCAAGGCAAAGGUCACUGGCUUUAUUGAUCGUGCGAUAGAAGAAGGUGCUGUACUUUUGUGCGAUGGGCGGGAUGUGGAGGUUCCUGGCUAUCCGAAUGGGAAUUUCCUUGGACCGACCAUAUUAUCUGGAGUGAAGACGUAUAUGGAAUGCUAUCAAACAGAGAUAUUCGGACCAGUCCUCAUAUGUAUGGAGGUCGAAACACUUGACGAAGCGAUUGAAUUGAUCAAUCAGAAUAGAUAUGGGAAUGGUUGCUCGAUCUUCACCACCAGUGGUAAGCAUGCCAAAACCUUUCAACGGCAGGUCAAUGUGGGACAAAUCGGAAUCAAUAUUCCAUUAAUUGCUCCAUACGGUACUGCUGUACGAACCAGCAAUAAGGACUCAUUCAUGGGAGACCGACAUGUACCAGGAAAGACAUACUGGCCCUUUUUUACAACCACCAAGACAGUAUCAGCUCGGUGGGAUGAAUAG